CGUAUGGCCCAAGUGCUCGGCAAAAGGCUCAUUCAACCACUACAGAAAUUGUUCAUGAGAAGCACUUUAUAAAAUUCGGAGCGCCACUUUGAGUGCUAUUUUGUUUGAGACGCGUCAACAGACAGGCGGCGGAAGGAAGUUGAGGGCUGAGUCUGUUCCGGUCCGGUCGCGCCUCCUGUUGCCCCCGGAGGGACGACGGGCCGAGCCGUCGGAGCGAGAGAGGUGCCAGUGUCGGGACGACCGAUGGGGACGGGGUACCUGUCAUCCAAAGACCAUGGACUAUACUUCGAAGUGGAUGCUGUUGUCUUGUGUUCUCCUCAGGGAGCUUGAAUUGGGUGUAGGGUCUUUCUCUCGAUCCUAUGGGAUAUUAAAUAAAGACAUCCUACUGCCCUGCACCUUCCCUGUUACAACCAGCCUCGAUCUGAAUAAUCUGGUCAUCACAUGGCAGCGGACAGACACUCUCACUGUGGUAUGCACUUUCUACUCUGGAUCGGACCAGCCAAAGCAUCAAGACGCCGCAUACAGGGGCCGCAGUCAGCUGUUUCAGUCGGAAUUCCCCAAAGGGAAUGCGAGUCUAAAACUGAAAAGUGUGUCGUUAUCUGACGUGGGUAAUUACACCUGCUUUGUAUUUGGAGACGAAGAGGCCGCACACAUUGAGAACAUAGUGGAACUGAGAUUAUUGGAUGUACUACAAUUUAAUGGAACUGAUGUCACUGAUGCAGCUUCAGAAAGACAACGUUAUGGACUUAAGUCUGUGGUGCUGCUUGGUUCAAUUGCAGCUGGAAUUUUAAUUUGGCAAAUGAAAAGAAAGAAGCAACCAGAUCUUGAAGAGAAAACUUGUUUACUGGAAGACCGUGCAAAAGCUGCAAUUCAGAAUUACAAAGACUACAUCUUGAAAGACCAAGCACGUUCAUGUUGUACAGUACUGCGAAGGAGACUCAAAAACAACUCACUUUCCAGAUCCAUUAAUGUCACCUCCUCAGAGGAAUGGGACCCAGACAGUGACCUUAUCAGGAAAGGUUAUUCAAAUAUUGUAAAAGAUUCACAACUGCUGUCAUUCCUUCAGAAAAAGUCCUUGAAGCGAGUCCUGUUGGUAGGUGAUGCAGGAGUAGGGAAAAGUUGGGCUGUGGAUAGCCUGGAGCAAGAAUGGGCAUCUCAACUGAGCCACAGGUUGAAUUGUGUCAUUGUUCUCAGGUUCUCUGACUUAAAUGAGGUUAAAGGAAAGACCACUCUCCGGGAACUCCUUAAGAAGCAGUGCAAGCCUUUGUCAUCAGUCCUAACAGAGCUCCUCCAAAACCCUCAAGAUGUGUUGAUCAUUUUGGAUGGGCUUGAUGAAUUUAGCCAUCAGUUGAAAUGGGAUACAUCGGGUUGUGAUUUGAACCUGGAUAGUGUGGCUGAAGUAAAUGUUCUUGUUUCCAAACUAAUAUCCGGGAAUCUCCUUCGAGGAGCACAGGUGUUGGUUACCUCCCGGUGGAAUACCAAGCAGAUAGAAUUUAACAAGAAGUAUUUUGAUCGCCUUUUUAUUAUCUCUGGCUUUACCAACAAUGAGUUGAAAGGAUAUUGUUCUAUGUUUUAUGGAGAAGAGGAAAAAGCAGCAGAAAUCUAUCAGCAAAUUACGAAGAAUGAUACCAUCAAAUGCUUGGCUUCUAAUCCCCUCAACAGCUACCUUCUGUGCACUAUUUUUGACAGACAUGAUUGCUGUUCUUCAGUGAACACAAGUACACCAAUGACAAAUAGCAAAGUUUUUUCAUUGUUGCUUUACAGUCUGUUUAACUGCAGCACAUGUAAAACCAUUGUUGUUAAUAAGACUGAACUGGAGCAUGAAUUGCUUAAAGUCACCAUCCUCAAAGUGGGGGAACUAUCCUUCAACACUCUACUGUCAGGGAGACUUGAAAUGAAUGCAGUUGAUCUGAAUGCCUACAAAAUAGACCAAUGCCUACUUUCAAAGUACUUGUCAAAUCAUGUCCUGGAAAAGAAAUGUAAUGAUCAAAGUCCUUUUAAGUUCUACCAUGUUGUGCUGAAGGAACAAUUUGCAGCUUUGUAUUGUGCAGCUUCACUGAAUGACGAUGUUGAAGAGUUGGUCAAAUGUCUGGAUCUUUGGUGCUUUGGGAAAAAGCCACAAAAUCAAAUGAGUCAAUUUUAUCUGCAAUCAUUUCGGCCUGACCAAACAGAGAAACUGUAUAAUUUUACCAGGCUUUUCAUGGGCUCCUUAACAGCAGGAAGAGAUGGGAAGUUAUGGAACUAUACAACUCCUCUCGCUCCUUCUACAGCCAGAGCUCUCAUAACUUGGUUCAAAAACAGCCUUGAGCGAGACAUUAAGAAGGCAGAAUUGCUGAAUUUGAUGCAUUGUCUUUUUGAACUGCAUGAUCCAACUGUAACAGCUGAAGUAUCUCCAUGCAUCAAAAGUGUAGAGUUUCUCAAUGUUUCUCUGAGCCCACUCGACCUGUCUGCUUUGCGCUACUGCCUCAGUCACUCCACAGUGGAAAAGUUAGAUCUGAGGCUCUGUGGUAUUGGUGAUGAAGGAAUAAAGCAGCUCAAAGAUGUACUAUUGAAGUGCAAAACUCUUCUGGUAAGCUCCAACAAGCUGACCGAGGAGUCUGCGGAGAUUUUGAGUUGUGUCCUUCAAGACCCAAAAUGCAGGAUUGAGACAUUAUCGAGUGGCACAAACUCUUUUGGCUCCAUGGGAGCACAGUUUUUGUGGAAAGCUCUGGCAAGAAACAAGAGUCUCAAAAUCCUUCGUUUGUAUGACAAUGGGAUCACAGAUGAAGGCACAGAGGACAUGAUCCAGUACCUGACGUUCAACACAAUUCUCCAGAAACUAUUUUUAUGUGCAAAUGAACUUGGCGAUGUUGGACAGAGAAACAUUCAACAAGUUGAAAAAUCGUGUAAUAGGCUGAAGAUAAUCACUAAGAUCAAAGACGAUGAAGAACUCUUACUCCGAGUUGAAACACAGCUCGAAGAGCUGCUCUCUUGCAGUCAGGAAUAUGACGAGGAGUGGCUUCAGAGACUAAUGAAAUCCAUUCUAAAAGAUCUGGGAGAUGAGAGCUGCAUACCCGACCAAAAAACAUGUGUUAGGGUAGGAAAGAUAAAAGCAACUAUUAACAAGAUUCUUCAGAAGAACAAAAGAGUAAUUAUUGAUGUUCCAAGCCAGGGUGUAGAGUACCCCUGAAUCACUUUUUUGAAGCAUCUUCCACAAUCCUCACUAAAAAUGCUGGAGGAAUUUAGCAGGUCAGGCAGCAUCUUUUUCUUUUUUUUAGAACCAUGGCACACCUACAGCACAGAAAACAGGCUAUUCAAUCCUACCAGUCUGUGCCGAAACUUUAUUCCGCUCGUCCCAUUUACCUGCACCCAGUCCAUAACCCUCCAGACCUCUCCCAUCCAUGUAUCUAUCCAAUUUAUUCUUAAAACUUAAGAGUGAGCCUACAUUUACCAUGUCAGAUGGCAGCUCGUUCCACACUCCCACCACUCUGAGUGAAGAAGUUCCCCUGAACCUUUCCCCUUUCACCCUAAAGCCAUGUCCUCUCAUACUUAUCUCUCCGAAUCUAGGUGGAAAGAGCCUACUCACAUUAACUCUGUCUAUACCCCUCAUAAUUUUGUAAACCUCUAUCAAAUCUCCCCUCAUUCUUCUACGCUCCAAGGAAUAAAGUCCUAACCUGUUCGAUCUUUCCCUGUAACUCAACUCCUGAAGACCGGGCAACAUUCUAGUAAAUCUCCUCUGCACUCUUUCAAUCUUACUGACAUCCUUCCUAUAGUUAGGUGACAUAACUAUCCUUCCUAUAGUUAUAUGGAGGGAAAGAAACAGUCAAAGUUACGGGCAUGCAGAUGUAAACAGCAGACAUUGGGAAUCUGAAAUAAAAACAGAAAGUGCUGGAAAUGCUCAACAGGUCAGACACCAUCUGUGGAAACAGAAAUGGGUAAUGUUUCAGAUAUGGGACGGAAUCUGAGGAUUGAACAACUUUGUAAUUUUCUUCAUGAACAUUUAUUGUCUUUACUUACAAAGACUUUGUUUAUAUUUUGAUUUCUGAUCUUCUUUGAUACAUUAUCUUGUGUAUAUAUAUUCUUUUGAGCUUUUUAUUAAUAAAUUAACAAGAUGUUACAAACCAGCAACAAAAGAAACACAGAGUCAUAAUUCAGUGUUAAAAACUAUUUUAUUAAUCACUACUUAUAAUAAUAUGAAAAAUAAAAGUAAAAAUGUUAGUAUGUUAGAAAUUCAAAAAUGUUAAACCUUGAACCUUAACCCCAAAACUAAACUCUUCGUGUGUUGUGUGGCAAAGUCCCAAACUCCAAGUCCAGGAAUGGUUCUUAAAGUUCAGUUCCGCAAGCCAUAAGGUGAAACAUGAGCAAAGGCUUCUUCAACAACCACCGUUGACUGAAGAUAAGACGUAGAUGUAGAGAGCAUAGAGAGAGUAAUUACAAAAUCCAAAUGUUCCACGAUGGAACCCAAACGACACUUCAGUGUUUACUCGGUAGUGACUUCCUCACCCUGAAAAGCAUCCGAAUCGUGGUCGUCCACAGAAAUACCUGUUUCCUUCUACAGGUCAGCAACAAGGUGAACUCCACUGGAUUACUUCCAAUUUCCAUACGUGGAUUGCAGUAACAGACACAGUUAUUGUUUCUCAUCCAUCGAUAGAGAAACUAGCAGGCUGGUGUCUCUCUCCCUUUUCUCUAUCUUAUAUUGAUGUAAGCACGCCACACACACACACACACACACACACACACACACACACACACACACACACACACACACACACACACACACACACACACACACACACACUCUCUCUAUCUAAAAGGGACAUUCACUGAGUCCGUAACAAAGGAUACUUGUUAUUCUAUGAUUUUGAAACUGGUUUUUUUCAAGUUACUGUUUUGACUGUGAGUAAGUGAAGGGUUAAGAAUUGCAACCAUACCUAUUACUAGUAAACAAUAUAUAUACGUAUGUAUUUAUAUUUCUCUAGCAAGGACUAGCAAGCUGCUGACCCACUAGUUAGGUUGGAAUGUUAAGUAUGUUAACUGCCUUUGUUUCGGGUAAUGGACCAUUCCGAUAUGUCAGACGGUGGUGAUACUGGGUGUAAUUAACAUCGAGGUGAAGGCUUGGUCUGAACAAUGAAGGGUGAUACCUGCCUUUGAAUGCCUUGAUUAUAACUCAAUUAUACUAAGACAAGAGGUGUGAUAGCUGUCUCGGGAUCUCUAUAGCUUGACCGAAACUCACGGCGCCGUUUGCAUGGGAUGUGCGUGACAAUUCCUGUAUAAAUGUCUGUCUGCCCUUUGUGCGGGGAGAACUUGGGAAGCGACUCUUAGUGAGUGCUGAAGAGAAUUCUCCUAGCGGUGCACUGCUAAUAAAGGUAUUUGUUCAAAUCGACCUUGUGGCACUGUGUUACAGCGGACAGAAGGGGAAAAUUAAUUUCGGGACGACAACUGGGUUGGGAAUACCUAACCUUGAAACAUAGGGAGCGUGAUUACUUGGGUAAACACUGUCUGUAGUUAUAGCUGUUGGCUUUCUGUUGGUCGACUUUCUGUCUUUGGCUGGUGGGAGGGGAGUUGGGUUCUCUCUUUGGAAGCUGUUUUGGGCUUCUAGCCAAGUCUGUUGCUUAGUUACCUUAUCUGAAAAUUCACUGUUUGGUUUGAAUCUACAUUUCAGUGUGGCUUGUUUAUUAUCCUUUUUAUUAUUCGCAUUUAGUAUUAAAAUGGAUUGAGUUAUUAAUUUAGUUUUAACGUGAAUGGGUAAAAUCACCCUGUGAAACGAAAUAAAAUUUUUGCCUGUAUUAGAAA